AUGGGCAUCCCUGUUCCGCAGCCCCAAGGCGGCGUCAAUGCUGCCUACAGAGGGCCUGUACAGCCAAAUGGCGCUCCUGUGCGAGCAGGCCCCGGUCCUCAACCCAACCCGCAAAUGUACCAGCAACCGCCACCACCAGGAGCACAGCAACAGCGUGGGCCGCCUCCGCCGCAAGGCUACCGAGGCCCUCCUCCAGCAGGCCAACCCAUGCCAAUGCCGCAACACGGAUACGCACCACCCCCUCAGCAACAGCGUGGCCCAGGACCUGUGCCAGCAGCAUCCAACGGUCGUCGCUUCUAG